UACUGACAUGGGCUGGCCUGUCUAUUUUACAAGCAUCUACAACUCCCGCUUCUACUCCUGGAAUGAUGAUGAACAAUGGAUGUAGGGAUAACUCUCAUAAUGAUAUUCAGAAACUUCAACAGCAGCUUCAAGAUAUUAAAGAACAGACAAUGUGUCCUGUAUGUUUGGAUCGUCUGAAGAACAUGAUAUUCCUUUGUGGCCAUGGAACAUGUCAAAUGUGUGGGGAUCGUAUGUCUGAGUGCCCAAUCUGCCGUAAAGGUGUUGAGAAGCGCAUAUUAUUGUACUAGUUCUGCUAUUAUUUUGCCAUCAGUUUUUCUUUUUUAAGGGGGGAUUGUUUUUUUAGU